GAGCAAUUCAAUUGUUAGGAUCGGUCAAAAAAAAAAAACAGUAGCUUUUAGGUUUCAUAACAUACAUAGAGAUUGUGUCAAUUUGUUUCUACGGAUGGCAAAUUCCUUUAUAAUCACAAAUAGCUCUCAAAGCAUAAAAGUCUUAGGUAUUCACUUAUAUCCAUGUUUGAUUUGUAGAUUUCAUUGCCAAUCUACAAUUUUCAAGCUAUACUCUAUACUGUGAUGAACAAUGUAAGGUUGGUGCAUGCGGUUCAGUAGGUCUUGCAAUAUAUUACCGUUUACACAAUGCUGGGCUACCCAUGGAGUCCGUUGACAUAUUCGCUAUGGUAGCAGGAGCAUGUGUAGCACUCAUAGCUUUCUUUGGAUGCUGCGGGGCGUAUAAAGAAAAUACUUGUUUGUUAACAACGUAUUCUACAGCGCUGAUCGCUCUUGUUAUAGUGGAACUGGCUCUAGCCGUUGUGGCUUUCUUAGUGAUAAGUGGACGGUCUCUAGGACCGGAUAUAACGAGACACUUGAACGAUAUGUAUGAUGACAAAGAGAUAAACCAGUCGUACAUGGAUAUCUUGAACACAGUGCAAAGAUAUUUUGAAUGUUGCGGAAUAGUAGGGAGUAGGGACAUGAAAGCGUUUCUUCGUAAAGGGACCUUGAUGGACAGCUGUUGUGAACCGAAAUUCGCAGGUCACUGCAUGUUCUCAAAUGCAUACAAAGAUGGCUGCCAACCGCAGAUCAAGGAGUUCUUAGAGAAGAACUUCAAAAUUAUCGGAGGAGUCGCUGUUGCCGUAGGCGUCGCGGAGAUGAUUGGUGCAGCCCUUGCCAUCUGCGUUAAGAGGAAGAUUAUUUACGAACAAGCAUAUAUAUGAUGCAGAAGCUUUAGUUGGCAUUGUAUAAUUAUUUAGCGAAUAAAGUGGUCUAGUCAUUCCUUAUCCCAACCAAGGAUUAA